GCCAUCAUUUCUUAACUUCUCACAAACUAUUUGGGAUCAAAUCUGUCGAAGGAAAUCACCUUCAAGUUUACCAUCAGUAGCAAAUAACUUGGCUCUUGAAUAUUCUUCUGUGAGUUUACUUUCCCCACUCUCGGACUUGGAGUUAAAGUUAUGCUUAUUUCUAAGUUCAAAAAUUGUGAAUACCAAUAAUGAGGACACCUUUGUACAUGAAACGUUGCAUGACCUACUUAAAGAGAUUUUCCGUGAUUCAACUUUCGAGUUAAUUUGCGAAAGUCUUGUUUCCAAAAAUCGACGCUCCAACAGUUCGGACAAGGAAAAUUACAGAGGUGAAAAGCCUGACUUUAAAGUUGUAACCAAUACAAAAGAAGAAAUUCUUUUUGGCGAGGUUAAGACAAAAGAUUCGCGUUCUUUAUUGAUUAAUAAAGAUCUCAUAAAAUUGUCCAAUUUCCAAUCGGGUGCCUUAGACGAGUUAAUUAAAAAAUAUAGCAACAAGAUUGGUUUAGCUUCAUUUGGUCCACGUAUUCGGAUCUACGAAAUGGAUCUAAACUACGAUGGGAUGUAUAGAAUGUUUUUGAUGGCGAAUGUUGUGACCCCAAUAGAACGGGCACAAUUUUUAAGUCUGAUACCAGUAUUAGAAGCAUUGUAUAAUAUUAAAAAUCGUAUUUCUGAAGUAUUAGAGGUAAUCGUUUCCGACACCCCAGCUAGUUCACCACGUUCUACUUACAUCAGAAUGCCCACCCCUCCACCAAAAUUAGUAAAGAUUGCUAUCGAGCCAUCUCCUACAAAAGAUAUUUCACCACUUAUCAAGAGCCAUUCUGAUGAGGAGAAAGGAAAUCACAUGACUGAAAUUUCAACGACGGCCCAUCGCCAAAAUCAUACAACCGAAAUUGUGAGUACUUUACCAGAAACUGAG